AUGUCGGCCAUUAGCCAGUGGUGUAAAGUACUCAACCAACACCCCAACCCAACCACACCCAGCCCAUCCAACACCCCAACCCCACUCAAACAACAACCCAACUCAACCCCAUCCAGGGAACACCCCAACCCAGCCCCACCCAGCCAACACCCCAACCCCACAUCCAACACCCCAACCCCACCCAGCCCCACUCAGCCAACACCCCAACCCAACCCCACCCAGCCCAUCCAACACUACAUCCCAGCCCCACUUAGCAAACACCCCAACCCAACCCCACCCAUCCAACACCCCAACCCAACCCCACCCAGCCAACACCCCAACCCAGCCACACUCAUCCAACACCCAAACACAGCCCCACUCAGCCAACACCCCAACCCAACCACACCCAGCCCAUCCAACACCCCAACCCCACUCAAACAACACCCCAACCCAACCCCAUCCAGCGAACACCCCAACCCAGCCCCACCCAGCCAACACCCCAACUCCACCCACCCAUCCAACACCCCAACCCAACCCAACCCCACCCAUCCAACACCCCAACCCAACCCCACCCCACUCAGCCAACACCGCAACCCAACCCCACCCAGCUAA